AUGCCUACGACUAAGAGAUCCAGGGCGAGGGCAAAGGCCGCCAAGGCCAAGGCCACGGAAGCAGCCAAGACGGCCAGGGCGAACGCCUCUCAGGCCACGAGGGCAGCUGACGCGGAGGCUGAAGAAGCUGCCAUGGCCGCCCUGGAAGCCGCCGAGACGGCCAGAAUCAGGGCUGAAGGAGCUGCCGCUAAGGCCAGAGAAGCCGCGGGCGAGACAAGUCGGCCAGAGGAGGAGGAGGAGACGGAGUGGGCGCAGUGCGAGGAGGAGCUGUUCGCCUCCAAGUUCCGUCGUUACUGGGACACAUUCUACGCCUUCCGCGGCGUCCGUCGCUCCCGUACCCUCCUUCAAACCACAUCUAUCCCUGUGAUGCGUUACACAUACCCUGCUCCUGAUGACAGCCCCAAGGCCAUGGAGACACUGCAGAUCAUGUCGGUCAAGAUUGCGGCAAUCAAAGAGGGCUUACGCUGGCCACUGCAAGUGUUUGGUCUCGUUGCUGCGCGCGACAACUUGGAUCACAUGCGCAACAUUAUUUUUCACCGUUCGAGAAAUAACUGUCAAACCAUCACCGAAGAGGAUCCAUAUCUUGCAUUGACUGGCCCUAGUCGAGCCAUUGCCGUGUCAGUGGACCCUUCAUACGUUGAGGUUUCCCUGAAAGUCAAGGGCACUACUGAAGCCGAGGAUAAAGACCUGAGCGAUCUCGUUUUGCUGCACAGAACCGGACGUUUCCUCGGCGGUCUUUACUCUAGCAGGCUCAGCACGUUGGAACUCGCCUUUGACCAUGUUACCCGCUCCGUAGAGGCUACAAUCUUUGUAAAACUAACUUAUGGGUCUUGGCCAACCGGUUUCGGAGGUGUGAUCACUGCCAGCAGCAGUUCUCGUGAUGACCUGAAAGUCAAGUUACUUGAUUCCGGAGAUGACGGGUUGCCCAUAGAUGCCAAUGGCGCGAUCAAGCUCUCACGUCGUGUGGUUUCUAUUGGACAUGUAGAGUCUCUUAACGUUUAUGUCACUGCAGGUCGAGUUGAUGAGAAACAAGUUGUUGAGAGUGGCAGGGCAACUUUUAAGGCGCAGAGGGCUGGUGUUAGCCUUAGUGAGCUCUGCCUUGGCUUCUGUAGUAUGAAUGUUACCGUUGCUUGGUCCUGUUUCCGUCAUGAGUGGUAAC